UAACCCAUCCCAGGAUUCUGGAUGGGGCGGAUGUUCAGCCUGAUAUAGCAAUGGGAGACACAUUUACGGCCGCAGUUGUCAGUCACGAAGCCAGGCGGGAAGAGAGACAAAACCGGAAAAGCAAAGGAGACAAGGGAUCAACUCCAACACGGGUCGAAGAUUCUCACUGAAGGCGUGGGGCAGGGAUCAGAAAGAGCACAUAAGAGAUGAUGUUUGGGACCUGAGGAGAAAGAUAGACAUGAAAGUUUGGGGGAUUUUGCAUUAGCUGGAUAGAUGCUCUGAAGCUGAUAAUUGAAUGGGCUCCUGGGUACUACCUGAAGACUGAGGAUAAUGCAAACCCAUAAAGCUAAGUGCAUGUGAGCCAGUUAGAAUCAAUCUCCAAAGGAACGGUCUGAUGUUUGGUGGCUGGUUGUCACUGAAAAAGACACAGCAAGUGAGGGGAAUACACUGAUGUAAAGUGUGGUGCUGCAUUUUGCAAAGCUUUGGAUCACUAUUUACCAUGGGCAAUGCUGCAAUGUGUAGGGUGUGUGGUUCUAAUAAAGGCCUGCGGACUAUUGGAAGUGAUCCAUAUCUGGAGCGUUACUACAACUAUGAGACGGAUACUAUGUCGGACAGUAACACCAGCUUCCUGCGAGCAGCCCGGGCAGGCAACAUUGAAAAGGUGCUUGAGUUCCUCAAGAGCGGACAAGACAUUUCGACAUGCAACCAGAACGGACUCAAUGCGCUUCAUCUCGCAGCCAAAGAGGGUCACGUGGAGCUGGUGGAGGAGCUUCUGGAGAGAGGGGCGGCUGUGGACUCCUCAACCAAGAAAGGAAACACUGCACUGCACAUCGCUUGUCUUGCUGGGCAGAAAGAAGUUGCAAAGUUGUUGGUGAAAAAAACAGCAGAUGUGAACUCUCAAUCUCAGAAUGGCUUCACUCCGCUUUAUAUGGCUGCUCAAGAGAAUCACCUGGAUGUUGUGCGAUAUCUACUGGAGAACGGCGGAAACCAGAGCAUGGCCACAGAGGAUGGCUUCACUCCUCUGGCCAUUGCUCUCCAGCAGGGUCAUAAUCAGGUAGUUUCUCUGCUUCUUGAACACGACACGAAAGGGAAAGUCCGUCUGCCUGCACUCCACAUAGCUGCCCGCAAGGAUGACACCAAAUCUGCUGCUCUGCUGCUCCAGAAUGACCAUAACGCUGAUGUCCAGUCUAAGAUGAUGGUCAACAGGACUACAGAGAAUGGAAAGAGUGGCUUCACUCCUCUACAUAUUGCUGCUCAUUAUGGGAAUGUAAAUGUGGCCACGCUGCUGCUCAACAGAGGGGCUGCUGUAGACUUCACAGCCAGGAAUGGAAUUACCCCUCUUCACGUGGCCUCCAAACGAGGAAACACCAACAUGAUCGCUCUGCUGCUGGACAGGGGAUCUCAGAUUGAUGCCAAGACCAGGGAUGGACUGACACCUCUGCACUGUGCUGCCAGAAGUGGGCAUGAUAGCGCUGUGGAAAUACUGCUCGAAAAAGGAGCUCCAAUUCUGGCCCGAACCAAGAACGGUCUGUCCCCGCUGCACAUGUCUGCUCAGGGUGAUCACGUCGAGUGUGUGAAACACCUGCUGCAACACAAGGCACCGGUUGAUGAUGUCACAUUGGACUACCUGACCGCCCUUCAUGUGGCCGCACACUGUGGUCACUACAGAGUCACCAAAUUACUGCUGGACAAGAAAGCAAAUCCUAAUGCCAGAGCGCUGAACGGCUUCACUCCCCUACAUAUUGCCUGCAAGAAGAACAGAGUGAAAGUCAUGGAGCUGCUGGUUAAAUACGGCGCCUCAAUCCAGGCCAUCACCGAGUCUGGUCUGACUCCAAUCCAUGUUUCAGCAUUCAUGGGACAUCUCAAUAUCGUUCUCCUGCUGCUACAGAAUGGAGCCUCACCUGACGUCUGUAAUAUUCGUGGUGAGACAGCACUGCACAUGGCUGCACGAGCAGGACAGAUGGAGGUGGUGCGAUGUUUGCUAAGAAAUGGCGCUUUGGUGGAUGCCAUGGCCAGAGAGGAUCAGACACCUCUUCACAUUGCUUCUCGUCUGGGUCAGACAGAGAUUGUGCAGUUGUUAUUGCAGCACAUGGCUCACCCUGACGCCUCCACCACUAAUGGGUACACACCUCUGCACAUCUCGGCUCGUGAAGGGCAGGUGGAGACGGCUGCGGUGCUGCUGGAGGCUGGAGCAUCUCACUCGCUCGCCACAAAGAAAGGCUUCACUCCUCUACAUGUUGCUGCUAAGUAUGGAAGCCUGGAUGUGGCAAAACUCCUUCUACAGCGGAGAGCACUUCUUGAUGACGCUGGAAAGUACGGCCUCACCCCUCUUCAUGUAGCUGCUCACUAUGAUAACCAGCAGGUGGCGCUGAUGCUCUUGGAUAAAGGUGCCUCACCUCAUGCUACUGCUAAGAAUGGCUACACACCUCUCCAUAUUGCGGCGAAGAAGAACCAGACUCAGAUCGCCUCUGCGCUACUUCAGUAUGGUGCAGAGACCAAUGCACUGACAAAGCAGGGAGUGAGUCCUCUACACCUGGCAUCUCAGGAGGGACACACCGAGAUGGCAGCCCUACUGCUGGAGAGAGGAGCACACGUCAACGCUGCCACUAAGAGUGGCCUUACACCUCUUCAUCUCACUGCUCAAGAGGACAGAGUGCAAGCGGCUGAAAUACUGGCCAAACACGACGCAAACAUUGACCAGCAGACCAAAUUGGGCUACACUCCUCUUAUCGUGGCUUGCCACUAUGGAAAUGUCAAAAUGGUUAAUUUCCUUUUGCAAAAUGGCGCUAAUGUUAAUGGAAAAACAAAGAAUGGUUACACACCACUUCAUCAAGCUGCUCAACAGGGAAACACACACAUUGUCAAUGUCCUCCUGCAGCACGGAGCUAAGCCUAAUGCUGUUACCAUGAACGGAAACACUGCACUCUCUAUUGCGAAGCGUCUGGGGUACAUCUCAGUGGUGGACACUCUGAAAGUUGUUACUGAGGAAAUCAUCACAACCACAACUACGGUGACAGAGAAACACAAACUGAACGUUCCAGAGACAAUGACGGAAGUUCUGGAUGUUUCUGAUGAGGAGGCUCAACAUCAAACCGAGGAGGAGCUUUUUACUGAAGUCUAUAUGGAGAUUGAAGGGGAAGACACAAUGACAGGUGAUGGAGGAGAAUACCUGAGAGCAGAGGACCUGAGAGAGCUUGGGGACGAUUCUCUUCCUGGACAUUACCUGGAUGGCAUGAGCUACACUCAUAAUCUAGACCGGUCUCAUGAAACCCCCAGUCAUCUUGCUUACAGAGGUGAAGGAAUUCUGAUCGAAGACAUGAUCGCCAGCCACCAGAUUAACAAGGUGUCUGCAUUUCGAGAGCAUGAGAAGGACUCGUAUCGACUGAGCUGGGGUGCUGAACAUCUGGAUAAUGUGGUGCUAACCAGCACUCUUCUGCAGUCAGGCCAGUCUACCCCAUGCCUUGACCAUGACAACAGCAGCUUCCUGGUCAGUUUUAUGGUGGAUGCUCGUGGUGGAGCCAUGCGUGGCUGUCGUCACAAUGGACUACGCAUUAUUGUUCCACCUAGAAAGUGUUCAGCUCCUACACGAGUCACGUGUCGCCUGGUGAAGAGGCACAGACUGGCCUCUAUGCCCCCAAUGGUGGAAGGAGAGGGGCUUGCUGGCAAAAUCAUUGAAGUUGGUCCCACCGGAGCACAGUUUCUUGGUAAACUGCACCUCCCAACAGCCCCUCCUCCUCUAAAUGAGGGUGAAAGUCUUGUCAGCAGAAUUCUGCAGUUGGGUCCACCCGGCACCAAAUUCCUCGGGCCUGUAAUAGUGGAGAUCCCGCACUUCGCUGCAUUGCGUGGGACAGAGAGAGAGUUAGUGAUUCUGCGGAGUGAGACGGGAGAGAGCUGGAGGGAACAUCACUGUGAGCAUACAGAAGAAGAGCUCAAUCAGAUACUCAAUGGCAUGGAUGAGGAAUUGGACCCUCCUGAGGAGCUGGAGAAAAAGCGAAUCUGCCGCCUCAUCACACGGGAUUUCCCACAGUACUUUGCAGUGGUGUCGCGUAUUAAGCAGGACAGUCAUCUGAUUGGUCCAGAGGGAGGGGUGUUGAGCAGCACACUUGUUCCACAGGUCCAGGCUGUGUUCCCAGAGGGAGCACUCACUAAACGCAUACGUGUGGGGCUACAGGCCCAGCCAAUCGGUGAGGACCUGGUCAGAAAGAUCCUGGGUAACAAAGCUACAUUUAGUCCAAUUGUUACACUGGAGCCCAGAAGACGCAAGUUCCACAAGCCCAUCACCAUGACUAUUCCUGUCCCUAAAAGCCCAACCAGUGACGGGACCAACAGUACACCCACUCUACGACUGCUAUGUAGCAUUACUGGUGGGACGACUCCAGCACAGUGGGAGGACAUAACUGGAUCCACACCACUAACAUUCAUCAACCAGUGUGUUUCUUUUACCACCAAUGUGUCAGCAAGGUUUUGGCUAAUAGACUGCCGUCAGUGUCAGGAGUCUGUGAACUUUUCCAGUCAGUUGUAUCGUGAGAUCAUUUGUGUUCCUUAUAUGGCCAAGUUUGUUAUCUUCGCCAAGACAUUGGAUCCCAUCGAAGCCAGACUCCGCUGCUUCUGUAUGACUGAUGACAAGAUGGACAAGACUCUGGAGCAGCAGGAGAAUUUUACUGAGGUGGCCCGUAGUCGAGAUGUUGAGGUACUAGAGGGAAAGCCAAUCUUUGCAGACUGCUUCGGCAAUCUGGUCCCACUGACUAAAAGUGGACAGCACCACAUGUUUAGUUUUUAUGCCUUUAAGGAAAACCGUCUUUCUCUCUUUAUCAAAAUUCGCGACAGCACUCAAGAACCGUGUGGUAGAUUGUCUUUUACAAAAGAGCCAAGAACAUAUCGAACUCUUAAUCACAAUGCAAUAUGCAAUCUGAACAUCUGCCUACCUGUCUACUCAAAGGAUUCUGAUUCAGACCAAGAUGCAGAUGAGGAGAGUGAGAAGACACAUGAGAAAUAUUACGAUGGAUCUGAUUCAACAGAGCUUUCCAUGCUGCAAAUCAUACAUGAUCCUGCUACACUCGCAAGUCCAGAUCUGCUUUCAGAGGUGUCUGAUAUGAAGCAGGACUUGAUUAAAGUAUCAGUCCUUCUAACUUCUGAAAAGUCAUCCUCCUCUAAUACUGGAAAACGAUUAAACCAAGCUGCAGAUGAGGAAGUGGAUGAGCCAUUUGAAAUAGUUGAAAAAGUGAAAGAGGACUUGGAGAAGGUGGAGGUGAUCCUCCGGGAGGGAACAGUGGAUGAAAUUGGUGGAAUUGGAAGAUCUGUUACCAUUGAUGAUGAGGAGUGGGUGCUACUCAGUGAGCAGGAUGUUGAUGAAUUCAAAAGCAAAAACAUCACUGAAGUCCAAGAGACACUUGUUCAGGAAGUUCGAAUUAUAAGAGACACUUUGUCUAGCUCUUCCCCUAAGAGGGAUAUGACAGGGAUGGUUUCGUAUCUUAGCAAUGACUUAGAACAGUGCCUGCAGGAAAUGCCUGUGCCAUCUAGUCAUUCACAUGAUGUGGAUAUUGUUCAAGAAAGCUUUAAAGAGGUUGUUUUGGCCCGUGGUAAGCACCGUCCAGCAGAAAUAAAAAAGCCAGCAAGGAAAAAGCGCAAAGAGAGGGAGUUUGCAAGUGGCAGUUCAGAGGAUGACUUGGAAAGGAUGAGUAGGAGUCAGUCUGAGGAGUCUCUUGAUGAAGAUGCAAUUAUUGGUGGAUCUGAAUAUGUCUUUGGAUCUGUUCCUGUGUCUCCAAAGGUUGUAGAAACUCCCAUUGGUUCCAUUAAGGACAAGGUUAAGGCACUACAAAAGAAAGUUGAAGAAGAAAAGGUGACAGACAGUCAAAAGUGGAAUUCUCAAAAAGUAAGUAGUUCCCAGAGGACUUCCUAUAUUGCAGAGACUGAAAAAUCAUACCGGUAUCCUCCAAAAUCCCCAAAAUCUCCAAGAUCACAAACAGAAAGGCUUGAGGAAACCAUGUCAGUAAGAGAGCUAAUGAAGGCCUUUCAGACUGGCCAAGAUCCAUCAAAAAGUAAGUCUGGACUUUUUGAGCAUAAAGCAAUAACAACUGUUACCUCUGAAAGUUCUGAUAUGACGCAGGUUCCCACAGCAUUUGAUAACCAAAUGACAGUAACAACCCAACAUUUACAUGAAGGAAUAAUUACAACUGUAACAUCUGAAGCUUCAAGUUCUGAUGUUGUUCAAGUUCCUGUAGCAUAUGAUGCCCAAACAGCAAUCUCAACCCAACAUUUACAAGAAAAGUUUGCAGUAGAAAAUGAGAUUCUUCAAGAAUUGUCUACUGACCCAAACACUAUUCUACAUAAACCAGUGAUUGGUGAUGGCGAAUCACUUUCAACAACAACCGCUCAAAAUAAAGAUGAUCAAGCUGUAACUACCAAGACUAUUUUCAACUUAAAAGAAGAAAAAGAUUUAGAUGACCGGCUCACUAAGCUUAAAACUCACCAACAUGAAAAACCAUCUCAGGAACCAGGAAGAUUUGAGACUGAGAAACAUGUUUCUUCUGAGCUACUAGGAAACAAAGAAAUUGUGAUGCUACCCUCUGAAAAUCAAAGUUCUGAUGUGAUGCUUAUUGCUCCAACAUAUGAUGGCCAAAUGGCAGUAACAACCAAAAAUGAACAAGAAAGAGACCUUCCAACUGUACAUUCUGAAGCUACAAGUUCUGAUGUAAUACAGGUUCCUACAAAGUUUGAUCACCAAAUGAUAGUCUCAUCCCAACAUUUACAAGUAGUAAAAAGCAAGAUCCUUCAAGAACCAUCUAUUGACCCAAACACAGUCUCAUCCAAACAUUUACAAGUAGCAGAAAGCAAGAUCCUACAAGAACCAUCUAUUGACUCAAACACACUCUCAUCCCAACAUUUACAAGUAGCAGAAAGCAAGAUCCUACAAGAACCAUCUAUUGACCCAAACACAGUCUCAUCCCAACCUUUACAAGUAGCAGAAAGCAAGAUCCUUCAAGAACAAUCUAUUGACCCAAACACAGUCUCAUCCCAACAUUUACAAGUAGCAGAAAGCAAGAUCCUUCAAGAACCAUCUAUUGACCCAAACACAGUCACAUCCCAACAUUUACAAGUAGUAGAAGGCAAGAUCCUUCAAGAACCAUCUAUUGACCCAAACACAGUCGCAUCCCAACAUUUACAAGUAGUAGAAAGCAAGAUCCUUCAAGAACCAUCUAUUGACCCAAACACAGUUCAACUUAUGCCAGUGAUUGGUGAUGGGGACACACUUCCAACAACUAUAAGUAGUUCUUGGUCCAUUAAAAAUAAAGAUGAAGAAGUUGUAACUUCCAAAAUUGUCUUGAGCUUUGAAGAGGUACACUCUCCAGAGGACCUUCUACUAAAGCCUAGAACAAUUGACCAACAUGGAAAACCAUCUAAAAAAACAGGAAGUUUUGAGACUGAGGAACAACAAAUGACUCCUGAACUACUUAGAAAUGAACACAUGGGGUUGAAACCUGAGAAAAUGUAUUAUGAAGAUAACAUCUACCAGAACAGGAGAUUGUCUGUGGAACCUCAAAUCAGCCCAGACAGGAAACCAUCAGAGGACUUCAGUGCAGAUAUUAAGGCAGAACUUGAAGACAAUCCUGAAUACCUGCUCUUUAGGCGAACUUCAGGUGGAGCAAGUAAACGUCACAUGAUGUUUAGUGAUGCUCUUUCUAGUGAUGAUGAGCAGAUACAACAGAUGGCUGUGGAUCCAAGUAAUUCAAACAUAAUCACUGCAUUUGCUACUGCAAUGGUGCAAGGAGAACCUUUACUUCAAAGUGAAGUAGAUGAUAGAGCCUUGGAAGGAAGUCCAGAUGGUGACAAACAUGAAGCCUGGGCAGACUCUCCUGGUGGUAGCAUAGGCCUGAGAACUCCUCACUCAAGCUCAGGCGACAGUGAGAAACACGAGGGACUUGCUGAAACUCCUCAAAAAAGCCCUGAAAUCCUAGUUUUAUCUUCCAGUACAACUACUAAAGAAACAGAAGACCAAGGAAAUCAGGAGACAACUCACAAAACAAAAGUGUUAAUAUCACAUGAAAGAAGAGAAAUGGGUGAAGAUGACAAAUUAUAUUCAGUAACUUCCAUAAUAAGCGAAACAGAAUCAACAUCCCCUCAUGAUUUUGAAACUGAAUCUCCUUCUCUUUUCACAGAAACUGAGUUGCCCUCCAAUAAAGAUUCUAAAAUACGUUCUUCUUCUUCAUCCACCAGAACAGAGACAUUAUCUUUUGCUAAUACAAAUACAUUAAUUUAUGACACUAUUAAAGGUGUGAAAUGGGACAGUGAAGCAUCAGCACAUAAUAUGAAAAGUGAUUCAUCUUCUAGAGACAGUGUGAAGCUGAUAAAAACAGAUGUAAUCACAAAGUCUGAGAAAAUACUUGAACAAAGCCAAGAUACACCAGAUAGACCUUAUAGUUUAGAUGAUCUGCAGCCUGCAACCAUGAGUGACUUUAAAAUUGUCUGUCGAACAGACUCACUUGAGACUACUCCUAUCAGAGAAGAUGGGUCAUCCCAAAAAACCCCAGACUCUAUUGAGCCAAGCCCAACCAAAGAGUCCCCCUGUCAAGACUCUUUAGAAGGAAGUCCCACUGGGCAAGAAUCUGGACAGUUAAGUUUUACUGAAAAAGUCUUCUCAACAAAUCAGGCCUUUGUUUCUGACUCUAGGGAAAAUAUAGAUAUUGAAAUAGGUUCUGAACAAGACAUCCAGUUAGACAGUGAGUCAUCCCAAGAGUCCCAUGAGACUCAAGAUAUGCAGUGCCUUUCCAUCACCCUGGACCAAAGAGAAAAUUUACUUGAAAGUGAGGAUCUUCAUGACUUUGAUGUUUUACAAAGGCAAUUCACUCCAGAAGAAGAGAUGUUUAAGAUGGCUGCAAAGAUUAAAACAUUUGAUGAAAUGGAAAAGGAUGCAAAAGUUAAAAAGGUCAAAUUUGAUUUUGAACAACCAAAGGAAGAAAGGCCACCACAUUAUAGUUCACUAGACACAGUGUUAACCAAGGAAUCAGAAGACAAGUACUUGGAGAACCUGAAUGAAUCUGGCCUGUUGUAUUCUUCAUUGUCGGAUGAUGAUUAUUAUAGUCCUGAGUCCCAUAAGGUAUCAGGACAAACAAGUGAAGUUUUAGAGACACCAAACAAACAUGAGCAAAACCAUACCCAUUUGAAGACUGUUGAUUUGCAAGCAUGCACAGAUAUACCAUAUAUGCAAAAGCGAGUCGAUAACAAAGAAGAUUAUGACCAGUUACAUUCAGAGUACCAUAGUAAAACGACUGAUGAGACUAAAACUGAGAACGAGCUCAUAACUACACCAGUAGAGAGCAAAAUGGGAUUUGAGCCAGACACUGAUGCUGAUUCAGUGUCCCCUGUUGAGAGCACAACAUCUGAAAAAGUAAAUGAACCCAUUUCUCCCAUUGAUAUCGUAGGCGCGACUGCAGCAAAUGAUUUCCAGGAUGAAUCUCAGCUAUAUUUAUGUGAUUAUGAAGAGAAGCCAGGAGAAACCCCAGGAUCAAGUCCAAUAGACUUAGUUCCCUGGAGUGCUGGAGUAGAGGAUGAUGAGGCAUUUGAUGCACAAAUUGAAGAUGAGGAACAGAAAAUACUUGCCUUUAGUACAGACAGGCAGUCCCAUGGAACCACCCCUGACACAACUCCGGGACGGUCACCAACUGAAGAGGGGACACCAAAUCCUUUUCUCUUCCAAGAGGGAAAACUAUUUGAGAUGACCAGAGGUGGGGCCAUUGACAUGACUAAAAGGACAAUGGAGGAGGAAGAAGAAAGGUUAGCCUUUUUCCCAAUAAAUGAAGAUCCAAGUGAGGAAUUUGAACGAGUCAAUUUUAACAUUAGUGAGUCUGAUGAAUUUGCUUCAUUUGAGUUGCCUUCUAAUGAUUCUGUAAAUCAAAACACAAUUCCUGAGGAACUUGAAGCAAAGUCUGACAGCCUUAAUAAAACUGGAACCAAGAGUGUUCAACCAGAACAUCCAGAACCAAUAGAAUCUUCUAUACAAAAUAAACCAAGUAGCCCCACAGACAAUAAUGUCCAUGAAGACACACUGAUAUCAAAUGUUGAUACCACCACUUACACAGUUACACAAACAAUUCAUUCUGAGCAAGACUUGGAAUCCUCAGAUUCUUCAGUGGAAGAUGAACAUAUUUCUGUUGUUGAAAUGCCUAUAUCCACCCAAGUAUCUACAAUUUUUUCUAGUGCCUCAGUUCACACUGCACGUGAAGAUCAGUUUCAGACAUCAUCUUUAAUGUCCACUUCAUUCAAGGAUAUUGCAGCUGAAAUUGAAGACACAACAUCUAAACCAAAAAUAGCUGUGAAAGCAGCCAGCUUUGACCAAAUUUUAGAACCAGGAGACUCUAUUGAGCAGAACCUAAGGCCUAAAUCUGAAGCAGAUACUGGUGACUCAGAAUGGUCCAUGUCUGUUGCAGAAGAUCCGAUUAACAUAGACAGAAUCUACACCAUACCAAAGACUUCUUUCUCCCAAAUGCCUGUUUCACCAACAGAGACUCCUCCACCUUAUACUGUAUCCAGUCAACCUAAACUUCCUGCUGAAUUCAUUCAGAAUCUGGGCUCAAGUAACACCAAAUGUGAUGAAACUAAAAGAGACAAGUCCUCUACUGACUUAGGGAUAGAUAGUAAUUUGAAAGCAAUUCGACCUCCGUCUGUAGGCGAUGAUGUCUUUGAGGCAAGACCCAAUUGGGAGGAUUGUGUGGAGACACAGAUGCAGAGAAUCUCAGACAGCACUACCCCAGAACAAAGUAAAGUGGACUGGCAUGAAGAUGCAGAUAGAAAAGAAGAGACUUUGGCCAUCAUUGCAGACCUUUUAGGUUUUAGCUGGACAGAGCUGGCCAAAGAGUUGGAGUUUAAUGAAGAUGAGAUUCAGCAUGUGCGUGCUGAAAACCCAAAUUCACUGCAAGAGCAGUCUCAUGCCCUCUUACAGCGCUGGGUAGAAAGAGAAGGGAAGCAUGCAACUGAAGACACAUUGAUUAAAAGACUCACUAAAAUAAAUCGCAUGGACAUUGUUCAUCUUAUUGAGAUUCAAAUGCACAAGUCAAUUCAGGAACAAACAUCAAGAACAUAUGCAGAGAUUGAAAGGACCCUGGACCACAGUGAAGCACUCUCCUCAGUCCAAGAGGAUGUUGACAGUCUUCGGGUGGUGCGGAGAGUGGAGACCUCACAAAGGCAUCCUCCAGCUGUGUCAGAAGAAGACUUAUCUGUUGCCUCUCUCCUUGACAUUCCUUCAUGGGCUGAAACAAUGGGAAACACCCAUUCAGAGAGCAUUCAUGGGGAUCUUAUGGAGGAACUAGAGAUCAACCAGGACAGCUUUACUAAUCCAUGGAUGUUUCAUGAGAUCAAGACAGAAUCCGCAAAGGAAGUAGCAGAUGAAGAAGUUUCAACAGCAUCUGAGGAGGAAAAUCAGGCUCAGUUUGACCUUUCAGACCAUAAAAAUGCUUGUCUCCCUUCAUCACAAGUCAGUUCGAAAAGUCAGUCCGAGGACCACCAACAAUCAUCAAAGACAUCUCAAAAUGUCUUUGAUUUCAGCCAGGUAUCUAUUGCAAGAUUUUCAUCCAGUGAAAACUCAGUUUUGUCAACAGCUGAACCUGGACAAGCAGUACCUGACCUACUGCAACAUACUUCACCAGUGACACUAGAGGAAGAAACACAGCUCCAAGAACCAAUGUAUCAAGAUGAAAGUUCUGCUUGUGCUGAUCAAGUGUCACCUGUGUAUGAAAAAAGCGAUUUAGAAAGCAGUGAAAAAUCAUUAGAUGCACAACUCUUUAAAUCAAAUGGAUCUUCAGACACUAUGCAGUCCCUUUCAUGGCGCGAAAACAAACCAUCUGAAGCUGAUGAACUGACUCCUGAGAACAACCAAAUAAGCCAAAAUAUUAGUCCAUCAAUUUCCCCUGGUGCAGUUGUAAGGGAGGCUGAUGAAAUUCUCUCACGCAGCGAUGAAGUAAAUCCAGUGGUUUCAAGUGUGACUCCUGACCUCAUUAAGGGCUCUCCAGAAUCAGAUCAGGUAUUUUUUACUCCUGAUAAGUUUAGUGAUAUGAAUCCAGUGCCAUCAAUGCAAAGCCACAUAGCAGUAGAACAAAGUUUUGUUCAGUCCUGUUCUGAGGUUGACUCAGCAUCACUGGAGUCACCUAUCUAUAAUGACAACACAGUUUUAAUUCAAGAACAAUCGGAUACCAACACCUAUUCACAAGAACUUUCAGAGCCUGAUGUUGAUACUAGGAAAGAACAGCAAACUCUUGCUCAUGAACAGGAGCUAUAUCUGCAAAAAACAGAAGCCUUAGGAGACCAUUGUAAUGACACUGAAGAUAGAAAUUGUCCUGGUAAAGCAGAACCACAAUUGGAUUCAACCACUGAUCCUUUUAUAGAUGACUCUCAGGAUUUUAGGAAUGAACUGUUAUCCCAAUCUGAAACUGACCCAGACACAUGGAUCGAAAGAGGAACUGCACAGCUGAGGCAAACAUCUCCUUUCCGCUCUGACCUCAGUCAACAACCAGAAGCCUGUAUGCCUUGUCAACAUUUUGACAUCAGGGAAAAGUCUUUAGAACUUGAAACAGAAAGCAAUAAGCAAUCAGUUUCACAUGAAAUAAUGACAGCCAGAGGAUUAAAACGACCACAGUCUGAAUCAUUACUCUCUAGUGCAAGCCAGCAAAUAGAAAAAAAGCAUACUGAACGCUGUCUCUCUGAGUCGUCUGAACCCUUGGUACUCACUCUAAAGAUUAAUUUAGCACUUGAGAAAGCGGUUUCACAAGAGGAAAUACUAGCUUUACCGCUGUCUCAGGAUGGCAGUGACAAGGCUUUACCUCCCAAAGAGUUUAAACGUCAACUCUCAGACUCAGUUUCGUCUCGCGCAAAAUCACAGGAAAAACAUUCUGCCCGUUGUCUCUCUGGUUCUUCUGAAACGUUGAUGCUUGAUGAACUUAAGAAAACAUUUCAACCAGAACAGCCAUUAUCUGAUCAUACAGUCAACUCAGAGGUGAGUGUUUCAAAACUCACUGCAGAAUCCCAAGAAACAUUCACAGGGGAACAGCAAUCAGUGAUUGAAGAAACAUUAGUGGAGUCACCUAAAUCUCAGAUUGAUCUGAGUGAACAUGCACAGUUUUUCCAAUCUGAGACUGGCCCAGACAUGUGGAUUCAAAGGGAAACUGCACAGAUGAGUGAAACUUCUUCUUUGUGUAGCUCUGACCUCAGUCCACAAACACCAGAAACAGUCAUAAACUGUCAACAUUUCAGGGAGAAGUCUUCUGAACUUGAAUCAACGAGUGCUAUAAAGUCUGCUUCCAAGGGGGCAGUUGAAGCCAAAGGUUUAAGACGACCUCAGUCUGAAUCGUUCAUCUCUGGAGCAACCCAACAGUCAGAAGAAAAGCGUACAGACCGCUGUUUCUCUGAGUCCUCUCAACCCUUGGUACUCACACUGAACAUAGAUCCGGCACUUGAGAAAGUUGUUUCCCAGGAGGCCAUACUUGCUUUGCCACUGUCCCAAGAUGGCAACACCUUACCUUACCUAAAAGAUUCCGAACGACUACUGUCAGACUCAGUUAUGCAUGGUUCAAUAUCCCAAAAAAAGGAGGGAAAUAAUUCUGGACCUUGUCUUACUGACUCUUCUGAGGACUUAGUUUUCAACAUGAGUUCAUCACCUGAGAAAAUUAAGAAACCAGUUCAACCAAAACAACCAACAUCUGAUCAAACAGUCAACAACGAGGUGAGUGUUUUAUCAGUUACUGCAUCAACCCAAGACACAUUUAUUGGGGAACAACAAUCUGCAGUUAAAGAAACAUCACUGGACUCACCUAAAUUCCAGACUGAUCUGAGUGAAAAUUAUGAAUUAAAAGCCAGUGAGAUGCCAAAAGCUGACAAACCAAAGCUUGUUGGUGUAAUAAGCACUGAUCAACAACAUGAAGACUCAGAUCUUGAGAGUUUUUUUGAUUGCAAACAGACCAUCUCAGAUUAUUCUGAAGCAGAAGAUGAUGAACAUUGGAAAGGCACAAUGACACUUAAUGAUCAAUUCUUGACAUCAACCAUUCAUGAGCUACAACAAAACACGAAUGUCAGAAGUCCUUCAAGCCUUGUAGCACCCGACGAGAGCCCUCGUUGGUCAGUCCAGUCAUCAGAUAGCGAAGAUUUUGAGGACUCUCAGAUCAUCCAUGAGCCCAGCGAUGAGGGUGAAGUGAGAGACUUUUCAAGCAAGGCUAGUCUCAAAACUUCUGCACAAACUCCUCAAGAGCUUCCUCCUAGAGGAGGGGCUGAGUAUAAUGAUGAUGAUGAUCUAAGGAGGGAGAUUGAGGAUGCAUUAGGUGUGCUGUCGGAUAGCUCUGAUGAGGAUGUGCUGACCACCAGAAUAGUGCGAAGGAGAGUAAUUAUUCAGGGUGAUGAUGUUCCAGAUAUUUCUCCACAGUCAGUAACAGAAGAGCAAUACACAGAUGCUCAAGGCAACUUGGUUGUAAAGAAGGUGACCAGGAAGGUGAUUAGACGAUGUGUGUCCUCUGAUGGGGUGGAGACAGAGCAGUUGAGGGUGGAGGGCUCUGCUCAGCAGCCUGUCCAUGUGGCUCCAGGGGACAGUUACUCCAAAGUAAUGAAGAGGACAGUACUGAAGAGCGAAGGACAUGAAACAGAGGUGACUUUCCAUGAGAAAGACAGCAUUUCGGCUUCAAGGGGGGAGUCUGCCGCUGGUCAAGAAGUCAGACAGAUGGUCCAGACAACAGUGGUACAUGGAGAACAGUUGGAAAAGCAUGAGGGGAAUCCAUUCCUUGCCAGAGACUUGCCCUCUGCUCGGGAUGACUUCACCCAGGCUCUAAACUACUUUGGAGGUUUUAGGAAGGUGCAGAUCCCUCGAGUUGUAGAGCAGGAAAUACUGCAGCCUGAUGGAUCUGUGAUCAGGAGGACGAGGAUGCAGAAAUCUAGAACCCACAGGAGAUCAGCAGUGAGGGAUGCUGGGGGACAGAAGCGGGUGUGUGUGGAGCAGAUAGACGAUCGGUCUGAGCCCCAUGACAACCUACAGCAUCACCUCCAUCACCUCAUUCACCGUUACUGUGCCCAAAACGACUGAGAGGAGGAGAGGGAGGAAGUGUGAGUUUAUUAAAGGGUGCGAUGGUUUCCCACUUCAUUUUCCUCUCCCGACCUCCAUCGCUCCUCUCUUUGAGCCUGUCCUAACCACUCCUAUGCACCACGCUCAUGCAAUCCCAGAGUGCACUUCACUCCUGCCACUUCCAGUCUUCCUGUACAGUCAAACUGGACGUUUGCCCCGGUUUAAGACUAUUUUAUCGAUCCUAACUCUCCCACAAGUGUUGUUUCCGUCUUUCAUAGUGACCAAAGGGUAUUCUUGCCUUUCCUUUGCUUUUUAAAUCCCUCGGUUAUUUAAAUGAUGAACACCGAAAAUAAAUCACAAUAACCAAAAUGUUUUUAUUAAAAAAAUACAAAAAAAAUACUUUGAACAUUUAAGCUUGAACUAACAGAACCUGUACUGCACUGCCUAUCACGACUAUUGAAUAUCAUUGCAUUAUAUCGCCACAUCAUGCCACGCUCUUUUGAUCUCAACGGUUGAGAUGUUUGAAAACUUCUUGCCUUCUUUAUCAGCUGUUGGGGUAUCGUGUGUCUGUGUGUUCUGUCCAUGGAGAGUAUAUAAUAUGCAUUUUUAAAACGACAGUAGAUCACAUUAGUCACCUCUAAAAGGAUAUUAGCAGGCAUGCUUAGCUAGCCGCAGUCACUUGCUGUAUUGGAAAAAAAUACUUUCUAUGGUUAGACGACUGUCAUUUAUCUGUCUUUUUUGUCUCACUCUUCUUGUGUCUUUGAUCUGUAGCGAUUCUAGUCUUCAUCGACAUCAUCUCUAGAGUUUAAACAUUUCAGUGCAGCUUUGUUUGUAAUAAAACACACACCUCGGUUUUCAAGUUACUUUUGCCGUAAUUUUGGCGAGUAUUUUAAGAGGGACUCAGGAAGCAAAGAUGGAAUCAAAAUCAAAUGAUCAGUUAAACAUAAUUCUAUUUUAAACGUGUUUGAGUGAGUGUGAAAACAGAAAUGUGAUCUUAAAAUAAGUAUAUUAUUUUUGUUUUGUACAUAUUGCUAUCAGUAUGCUGCAAGGAAUCUUGCUCUGAGGUAUUUGAAUGAUUUGAAUAUGUUAUUGAUUUGGGAAGUGAGCAUUAAGGAUGUGUGUGCGCGUUUUUUUUUUAACAGAAUCCUUUAUUUUGAUGUAUUUUAUUUAUAUACUUUAUCUGUGUUAACAAGUGCAGCCGGGUUAAAUUGAUUAAUAUUAUUUAGGAUUCACCAAAUCACAGUUGGCUUCUGUUGAGACGGCUAUGAAAGAGUGUGCCAUGUGAUGUUCAAAUUACUUUAGUGUUUUUGUUAAUACAGCUGUGUUAGCAGAGGUUGUGGAUUUUUAUUUUUUUUUGGUGCUGAUCUGAGGCCAGCUCUGCUGUUUACCCUCUCGCUCUUAUAAUAAUUUUGCUUUGGGAAACUGGUCCUGGAACAGCAUUAAAAGUCAUCCUCUAACCAGAGCAAUGUCAUUAAGUUAAACACUUCUACUACUUUCACUGUGACUGGCCCACGUUUGAUUUACUGAAUCCGCAUUCUAUGUCUGUGGAGAUAAGAAUAUGCAUAUAAAUAUAUAUAGUAUAUAAAUAUCUAUCCAUAAAGGCAUGUAUUAGUUUACUAUAUGACUUUUAAAAAAGACAUUUAAACACUAUACCAUUGGCUGCAGUGUGUGUAAUGGCUGAACAAGAAUAAAAGUGUAUAAGUGUCAUAAA